GUGUGCGCAAACACACCCGCUUCUACACUUAUACACCAGGUGGUCUAUGCCAAACGCGUGAAUCAUUAAGGAUUCCCAAGUCGCCACUUGACCUCGUUUCUAACCACUACAUAUUCUUUAACCAAACAAUCUUCAAUAUCCAAGCUUCAACCUUUGAUCACCUAAAAGGCAAACAUGGCUCGCACAAUUGCCAAGAAACUUCUACACCAGUGGCACAAACUGCUCGGCCUACCGCGUCAAUCGCCGCUAUCAUGGCACCGGGACCGCUUGCGCGAAGAGCUCCAGGAACGCCGAGAUGCCAGCACACCCUUGGAGAAGCUCAGCGAGACUGCAGACGUAUUCUUCUCGAUCAGCCGCGCUAAGUACGAUGGCUUUCCCGUCCGGACGCUUCCUCGCUUUUCCGUCAGCCACAUCCUCGUGUAUGCGUACAUGCUGGCCAAAUUCACAUCUCGUUGGGCGUUCUAUCGGGUGGCUGCUUUCCUCUGCGGAGCUCCCAAUCACGACAUAGUGCGCGAGGUUGUGAAUCCGUCCAAGGAUAAUAAGCUGGACGAAGUUGCUUCCCGUCAUCAUAUCGAUCAGGGCAAGUUCAGGCGCAUUGGACGCCGACUACGACGAGUUUGGCCUCUGUUCCCGUAGUGGCCUUAUUGAUGCAUGCAACUAUCUAUGCACGCCGCAGCUAAUUAGAAAGAUCUAUAGAUGCGAUUCAAGGGGCAGGUCAUGACAGGUUAGACUUGCUGGGCUAUGGGGCAAGUGUACAUUGUCUUUGGCCUUAUGAAAUCCAACUCAAUUCCUUCUGUAAGCUGAUUCAAUCAGUUUGGUAAUAAGCUCGUGGAGUUUAUCUUGAACGAAAGAUACUUUAUACGGGAGGGGAGAAUACCUAUAAUUCAUAAUGACCAAGGGCUGGACAACCUGUUCUAUUAUUACACUCGAAUCUAUUAAACAGCUGCUACAAGAUAGAUUAUAGAUUAAUAUAUUCUCGGUCUAAGAUGAA